AUGGCCGGAUACGCGAUGCUUUUACCGCCGAAAUGGCUUCUGAGGAUUUCCAUGCUGUUGUUCCUGUACCUUCACCAUGUCAAUGCACAGUACUAUGAAGGGAGGCGAUUAAAGCCCUGCGAACUGGAGUCGUUGCUGCGAGAUCUGACCUACCCGGAGGAGGGCUACGAGAUGCAUGCAGCCGCCCUGCGCAACCAGCUGCGCCACAUACUGGAGCACGAGCCGGGCGAGAGCUUCCAAAACCUGGACGAGAGCACCGAGGCAGUGGACAAGCGGUCCUACCGGGCCCUGCUGCGGGACGGUGCCGUGUUCGGCAAGCGCAACGUGGGAGCGCUGGCCCGGGCCGGCCUGCUCCGGAACCAGCCGGACCAGCUGAAGCGCAGCCUGGCCACGCUGGCCAAGAACGGGCAGCUACCGUCGCGGGACGCCGAAUCGGAAGAGACGACCCCGGACGGCGAGUGGACCGACGAGAAGCGCUCCGUCGGGUCGGCCUUCAAGUCCGGCUACCUGCUCAGCGGCAAGCGGAACAUCGCGUCCCUGGCCCGCAAGUACGAGCUGCCCGGCAAACGCAACAUCCAGUCGCUGCUCCGCACCGGAAUGCUGCCCUCGAUUGCCCCGAAGCGCAACAUGCAAUCGCUGGCCCGCGGCAACGCCCUGCCCGAGUACAGCCACGCUGAGAAGCGCAACAUCCAGACGCUGGUUCGCGACUGGAGCCUUCCGAAGCAGGCGAACAAGUUCACGGAGCAGUCGGGCUCGCCAACGGGCGACAACGAGAAACGCAACAUCCAGGCGCUGAAGAACUCGCAGGGACACGGCCGCAAGAAGCGCGAACUGUACUACGACGAGCUGGAGGAGAGCAGCCCGGAGGUGCUGGAACCGGUGUACCAGACCGCUCCCCAGGACUACGAGGAGCUCGUCGAGGCGAUUGCCCAAACGUACCCGCUCUACAGCCGCGCGGACAACCACCUGGAGGAGAAACGCUUCCUCGGGUCGCUCGCCAGAAGUGGAGCCUUGAAUCGGUUCCAUCGGUACCACACGAAACGGCAGUACCCUUGGAGUACGGCCCGUUACGGCGACGACGACGACGACGGCGACGACGGCGGUGAACAAGCGGAAGGUGACGAGAGCGAGAGCGGUUGGGCCUUCGCUGACCGCGGCGGCGGCGGCGGCGAGGAUGCCGAUCGGAGCCUGCGGGCCGCCCCGACCAAGCGCCAUAUUGCCUCGAUAGUCCGCUCCGGCUGGGCGCCAUCGUUCCGGCCGUCCCGGGGCAACCGCUUCAGCCGGGCCGGAAGGGCGAGGUCGAAUUUUACUCCCGACCCGAGCUACUACGACAACCAACCAGCGGCGUAUGUAGACAGUGCUUUAAUGGAUUCCGGAGCGGCGUCGGCUGGGGAGUUUCCGGGAUACGGGAGUCCGCGUGGGGGGCCACGCCGCCCAGAAUUGCCGCACUACACUGGCGAGGGCUCCGCGAGUCGUCCCACCUACCCACGCGAAGAGUACGUUAGUGAGCGGGUCAACCCGUUCUACACCGACGACGAGUUCCGCUGCGCCAGCCGGCUGCGUAAGCUGCUGUACUACCUGAAGAAGCAGUACUACAUGGACAACCGGUACAUACAGGCCGUCUACGGGCGCGGCCCUGGCGGGCUCUACCAGUAAACUCUCCCAGGCACGCGGCGUUGACAUUGGAAUCGGUUGGCAGCUUAUCGCGGUUCCUCUACAGUGUUAUCGACUUACCUUAGUUUUGUACUCUCGUCCCGCCCGAACUGCUAGUGAACUGACAGGUUUUAAACAGUGAAACGUACUGCUCCAUUAACACCGGAAGAGUCCGGUCCAAAGACAGACACACCCAGAAGGAAGUGCUUCCCGUUUUCUGCCGAGACCACGACUAAAUAUCUAAUACUCUCAUAUCUGUUUGCUCAUAUCAAGUAGUAAAACCGCGCCGAUAGGUGGGUGCUGGGUUUGCCUCGGGACAGCCGGGAGGAGCCUAGGAGCGGAGCGUAUUAUACACGGAGAACCACCGCCGGUGGACCGCAGGUGGCCAAGCUUAGAACCUAUAAUCAAACACUCUCAAUAUCUCGGCGCUACUUUUUAAGCGAUUUCUAAGAUAAGUCCCGUGGCCCAUCUACAUACCCAUACUUUGAGUAAGGCAGCGUAAGGAACCCCCACGGACACCACCAGACGACGGCAUUUUCCCCCCGGGAGCGUACGCAAAAACUAGAGAUUCUUUUUGAGCCUGUCACCAGAACGGCUACCGCAGAACCGACCGCCGACCGACAGACCCAGCAUCUGAGACGCCACGGAGGGUGAUUUUUUGAUUCCAAGCCUCGUGAGUGUGUCGUCGGUGUUUGGUGAAUCACCUCACCGAAAUCACACUCGUAGUCAAUGUAAAUGUCACAGUGGGAAACGGAAAAAAAGGAAAUAAAACCGGAUCAUCAGGACCCUUCUUUUUACCAGCAACACACGGAGACGCAGGAGAUACGUAGGAGUCAGGUCCCGGGACGGGGGCGAUGCAGAUUCACCGGUUGGUGGUGGUCCGCUUCGGCAUUCUGCGGUAGACGUUGUCCAAGGAACUGCUCCCGGGGGGGAAAUGUGCGGCCCUUCGGUGCCCCCCAAAAGUGUAUAGAUUUUAAAAGUGUACCCCUAUUCCUGACAUUUUAUCCACACAUUACAAGUGAACGAGGGGCAUGCUAGGUGACUUUAAUAUAAAUAUAUAUAUAUAUACAUAUACUUCAUAGCAUUCCCUGUACAUCAGCAAGGGAGUAGUAGGUGACUACCGAUUACCGUUUCUGGAAACCGAUCAGACAAUAACCAGUUUUGACCCCCAAAAUUAGGCCGCUCCAGGCCGCCGCUGGGUGGUGUUUGUUUUUUUCUAAACUUUACUCUCACACACGGACACAUCGAAGGACACUUCCGCAGGUGUCGCAGGCGCCUGAUCGCGAGUCGCAAGAUGGUAGUUGUGUAAGGAUGGUCGAUCCGCGGUGUGGAGUGGAGACACAUUUUGAUAUCGAUGUUACACACCCAACGCGAAGCACAAUACAUUGACAAUAAACAACAGAAAGGAGAUAAGAUUGUUGAACAAGCAACCAAAAAAAACAACCAAUGCACACUGUUAAGCUCGAGCACACGAAUAUGGAAGAGUUAGAGAGACAAUAAGUAGAGGUACUAGCUAGUGGCAGGGUACCAUUAAAAAAAAUCGGGACAAUAAGAAACUAUGGAACUAACCAACAACAAUUACUGCAAUUCGGACAAUAUCAAUCGGCCGCCAACGGGGAGGUCCUGUGGCGUCACAGCACGCGAAGAAUAACUAAUAUGCUUAAGUCACACAACUGGUAAAGGGUACUGAGUAGACUUUUAUGCGGUGCAAACGAGACAAUAAAACCGAGAAAAAGGGGGGCAGCCAAAGCAUGCACACAUCCAUGCGGAGAGGUAUCAGCUUGAAAAAACUUUCGCUGUGUUGGUGUGUGUUUUUAUCCUUCGCCCUUCGCCAUUAGUGGCUACCAAAAAAAAAAACUACCAUUUGAGUGAUCGUAUGUGGACCACAUAUGACUCCUCGAGUGUACAUCUUUUAAUGAAC